AUUACCGUAUUUGUUUAUUCAGAAAAUAAUGGAAAGAUCCUUAUCAGGGUCGAUACAUAGCUUUGUAAAAGGUAAUGGAUCAAUCUUACAAGAAUGUGAUGUUGAAGAAGGGGAUGAGUAUGAGGCAAUAAAAGUUAAGCAGAAUGUUUGCUAUAUUGUUGCAGCAAUUGUGAUUGAUGACAAUGGAAGAGUACUCAUGGUUCAAGAGGCCAAAGUAUCAUGCUAUAAGAAAUGGUAUUUACCUGCUGGUAGAAUGGAGCCAAAUGAAACAAUAGUUGAGGCAGUGAAAAGAGAAGUUUUGGAAGAAGCUGGACUGGAAUUUGAACCAACUUCAUUAUUAUGUGUUGAAGAAUGUGGUGGACGAUGGGUCAGAUUUGCAUUAGUGGGUAAAGUGACUGGUGGAAAGUUGAAAACAACCGAAGAAGCAGAUGAAGAAUCAUUACAAGCAAUGUGGUGGGAUAGGGAGGAAAAAAUACAGAUCCGAUGUAAAGAUGUUUUGCCUUUGAUAGAACUUGGUGUUAAGCGACAUGAAACAGAUCCUAGCAAAUCUGUGGUUUUGCUUCCUUCACUUGAACCUCAGAAACUACUAUUUAUACGAGCACUCAUGAUAUAUAAACAACCAGCUAAUGAUCAAGAUAUAUCAAUUCUAUUGGAACAAACUUCGUUUGAAAACAGAGAAGAAUCUUCGAACGUUGACGACAAAGGAAAAUACUGUGUCCCUACUUCUCGUAUUCAUCAGGAUGACAUUUCUUUCCAUAGAGCAGUUCAUGCUAUUUGCAAAGAUUUAUUACAACUCAAUCAACACAGUGAUUAUAGCAUAACGAUAUUAGGUGUAAUGAAUAUUGAGCACACAGGAGCAUCAUCAAUGGGACAUGAUGGGUUGGGUGUCAGUAUUAUAGUUGAACUGAAGAUAGAUAACUCUUGUAAUGGGCCUCCAAUUUGCAAACCAAAUUAUAAAUGGGUUAAAUUAAGUGAAUUACCAGUUGAUGAAAAUGUAACACUGUUGAAAAAGAAAUUGAAUCCAUCCAAUCUAAUUCCACUGAGAAGUUUGAAAGCCAAACUGUAAGUCACCAUGGCAGUCUCAUAAGGGUAAUUAUCAACAAACAGUACCUUAUGUGGCCAUCUAAAUCUGUGUCAAAUUAUACACUUGCAGUUCAUAGUUUUAUUCAAGACUGUGGAGACUGGAACAUUUUCAAUUGACCCAGCUCCAAGAAAAUCCAAUUAUACUUUAUCAUAUAUAUUUCCAUUAUCUUCCAUUGAAAGUCCGAAAUGUUGACUCGGACUCCACACCCUGGUUACAUUUGCAGGAGGAACAGCUCGCUAGUACGAAAAAUCAAUCACAAUUCCCGCAGUGGGUAUAUGUAUCUGCUACUUGUUAUGAACUGCAUUACCAAAUCACCGAGCAAAUGUAUAUUUAGCGAUAGUAUAGCACCAACAAAUAAUGUCACAAUAAGGAUUUAUUAAUUUCAUUUUUUGCAUAUACCCGUCACCAAAUUUUGAAAAUGUAAUUGAUAGUGCUGCUGUAUUUUAAUUUUACAGACGGUAAGGUGCAUCGUUAAUAAAUUGGCUUGGAUAGAGAUUUUGUCCAUACAUAAGGUGCACCAGACUCUGAAUGUAGGCAAUGAAGCAUCACAUGAAUCAUACAUUAUGUGCCCACCGCCCAAUCGCUUUUUAAAUGAAAAAUGGUCCGUAAGAUAUGGUACAUUUAAUUUCGUACAGUAUGGAGGAGGUGCUAUUGAAUUUAGGGUGCUCCUGAAGUAUGCGCACCAAGAUGUCACAUAGCCUGAACCCUAACCGUGUACACAACCUGAAGCCAUCUUGGUGCACAUACUUGAGGAUGUCGGAAUUUAAGUGUGGUUUCUAAUGCAUAUUCCAUAUUAGGUUUUACCCUGUGUUAAUUUAUAUAUCCUUACAAUACAUAUAGUUGUAUGUUCACAUCACUGUUCCUAGAAACCUAGAGCACUAUUUAUUCCUAGCUGAAUAUUCACUUUGAUACUUUUGUAGUAGUUGUAGCGUCACUAUGCAUUGUAUUGUACUUUUAAUAUUGUGCUUCGCCCUAAUAAAAGUAUGAACGGUGA